AUGGAUGCUAUAUCUGAUACUGUAUUCACUGAUUUAACGGUUAAUAGUUCAUCUAGCGAUGAUCCGUCAUUACUUACAGUAGUGCUUGACAUAUCGCCUAAGGGUUGGUUUAAAUUAAAGGAUAGAAUGACGAUUCAGGAAGCCACUAAAUAUUUGUUAGUAUUUUUAAACGCACAUUUGUCUCUCAAUAAUUCAAACAAAGUUGCAUUUAUAGCCAGUGGUCCUAGUCACUCCAAAUUUUUGUACCCUAAUCCUGAAAAGAAUUAUGACGAAGUAGUAGGAGCAAAAGAAAAUGAUGGGAACAGCUCAGUUGGACAAAGUGAAGAUGGAAGAAAAAAGCUGAAACCAGAGUUGAUCAACAAGGAUAUGUAUCGACAAUUCAGGAUAGUGGAUGAGGCAGUGUUGGAGGAAUUGAAUGAAUGCCUAGAGGAAAUUGGUGAUAAAAUUACCGAAGACACACUGUCUACUUUAUCUGGUGCUAUAAGCAUGGCACUUACAUACACUAACAGAAUACUUAGAGUAGAUCUGUCUAUUUCGACGUCCACGGCUUCUGCAAUAAGCUCCACGGCACAUAUGACAGCCUCUGGCUCCUCUGACUUAGUAGUACCUAAUGCGACUACAAGCUCUUUGACCUCCAUGAAAUCAAGAUUACUUAUAGUCACUACAAGAGAUGAUGACAACUUAAGAUAUAUUCCCAUCAUGAACUCUAUCUUUGCUGCUCAAAAAAUGAGACUAUCUAUAGAUGUUGCAAAUUUAGGAAGCAAAAGUUCCUCUUAUUUACAACAGGCUGCUGAUGCUACCAAUGGAGUAUACUUGCAUAUCAGUGACCCUCAAGGAUUAAUUCAAAUAUUAUCCACCGCAUUCUUUAUCGAGCCUUCAAUAAGACCGUUGAUAAUACUACCUACCAAUUCAAAUGUCAAUUACAGAGCAAGCUGUUUUAUUACCGGAAAAUCGGUCGACUUGGGUUAUGUAUGUUCUGUGUGUCUCUGUAUAAUGAGUAUCAUUCCAGAAAAUGAUAUGUGCCCAACUUGUGGCUUAAAAUUUGACGCCAAAGUUCUCGAGCAAUUGAGAAGGGGUCCCUCAUUUCUUGGAAAGAGAAGAAAACUAGACUCAACUGCCGCUGCAUAA